AUGGAGGAAGAUAGAAAGGAAGUCAAUUCCGAGCUUCCAGAUAUCACCCUGAAUCCACCGCAUGAAAUUGCCAAAAUCUCGUUUGGACUUGGAAUUUUACUAGGUUGCUCUCUAGGAUUUCUGUUCACUUUACAGUUUAAAAGCUUCAACAUCUACAUUAUCUCGUUAGCAACAUUUCAUUUCCUCGAAUAUUAUGUCACCGCAAAAUAUAACCCAAAGAAGGUGCACGCAGACUCAUUCCUUUUGAAAAACGGCAUCGAGUACAUAGGAGCACACACCUUUGCCUCUUUGGAGUGUCUGAUGGAGUAUUGGAUCUGCCCGAACUUGAAAACAGGACAUUCCCCUUUGAGAAAAAUAAUAUUCGUUGUAGGAUUACUGAUGGUGGUGCUCGGUCAACUCGUUAGGUCAAUUUCCAUGCGUCAAGCCGGGAGAUCUUUUUCCCACGUCGUGAAAGUGGAAAAAGAAAAUGAUCACAAACUGGUGCAAGAUGGUCUGUACUCUGUGUUUAGACACCCAAGUUAUUUUGGGUUUUUCUGGUGGGCGUUGGGGACCCAACUGAUUUUGUUCAACCCUAUAUCGCUCAUAUUGUUUUGUUUCGUUCUCUGGAGAUUUUUUAAUAAGAGAAUCAAGUUCGAGGAAAGGCAUCUAAUUGAGUUUUUCGGUAGCAGCUAUAUACAGUACAAGAAGAAUGUCAAGGUGUGGAUACCAUUUAUAAUGUGA